AUGUCGAAACGUUUGUUUCUAAAAAUUGUGAGCAAUGUGGAAGCGAACGACUCGUGGUUUCAAGAGGCCCUCGAUGCACGAGGUAGGAAGGGCUUUACGCCGUUGCAAAAGGUGACAUCGGCUAUUAAACAGCUCGCAACUCGUAACACUCCAGACGAGAACGAUGAGUACUUGCAUAUGGCCGAAAGAACUUCCCGCGAGUGCCUAGAAUAUUUUUGCGACACGGUUUGCAAAAUAUAUGCUUCCGAGUUCUUACGUAGACCGACAAGCCACGACAUGGCACUUUUAUACGAAGCUCAUGAGGAAAAGCAUCACCUUCCAGCGGUUGCAUCUCAAGAUUUAUGGUUUUGGCAUGCUUUUUGCGGUCCACCGGGUUCACAAAACGAUAUCAAUGUGCUACAACAAUCUUCGUUAUUUUUAAUGGAACGAAAUGGAACCGCGCCAAAAUGUCCAUUUUACAUUAACAACCAUUUAUACAAACGUGGUUAUUUGCUCGUGGAUGGAAUCUACCAUCCAUGGUCCGUGUUUGUGAAGUCGAUCACAUACCCUCACAAAGUAGACGAAAAGAAAUUCAAGAGGCAACACGAGGUGGCAAGGAAAGACGUCGAACGGGCUUUUGGUGUUUUGAAGGCGAAAUGGGGUGUAUUGAGUCGGCCGAUGCGAGCAAGAACCGUUGGAAAAAUUAGGAGUGUUGUGUACACGUGCAUUAUUUUACACAACAUGAUUUUGAAAGACGACGAAAACGCGAUAGCACCGGUACACAGUCGGGAUACUCCGGUCGAGCCCGCUCUAGACGAUACGGUGUUGGACGAGUUGAUGGAUGAAGACACGCAUUAG